GUCAUAUUUAUUAUCAGUAUCAAAAUCAACUAUCUAAGACAACCGACCAAACAUAAACGGGGAAGAGGCUGGAAAUAUUGGUACAAUGGACACCCACUGCGUUACUAUAAUACAUGAUACCAACAAGGUAGUAUACAGAACCGGCGCCGCUCCUAGCUGUCUCCGCACUGAGUGGUAAGGAACUUCCGAAUCGCGGGCGCCUUGGAGAGUCCCACUCCGCGCCCUUCGCGCCCUGCCUAUGCGGGGCAGGCUAGAUGGAACUUCGAGAUAUUAGAGAGCUAGCAAUUAUAUAUAUCAUGUCUGGUCAAAUUCUACAUUGACUUCAUUCUCGUCCCUAGACUAGCAUAUCUAUUGCGAGUUUUUGAACUAGGACAGAAUCCAACAAUACCCCAUUACAAGUUGCAUCUCAGAUAUCAUUGGGUCAAGAUGGUACAACUCCCAGCGUUCGAAGUCGAGAGGUGGAUGGACACGCAUGAGAAUACACCGGGUGUUCUUAACAUAGCUGAGACAUGCUGCUCUUCCGUUUCAAUUAACCAACUGGUGCAAUUUGACACCAGUAAACAACAGGAUGGGCGCUCGGUCGUUGACCCGUCUGCUAGGUUGGGGUAUGGGACUAUUCGGGGGAGCGAAGAACUUCGUCGGAACCUAGCGACUAUGUACAACGAGGACCAAAAUGCGACAAGGAACAACAGUGUUCCUCCGGUAACUUCUAACGAUAUCAUUAUCCAACAGGGAGCCAUCGCAGCGAACCGAGAUGUCUUCUACAGUCUUGUAGGGCCAGGAGACCACGUGGUUUGCGUCUUCCCAACCUACCAGCAGCUCUACUCCAUUCCUAAGUCGUUAGGUGCUGAAGUUUCGCUGUGGGAGCUUAAGCAGAGCGAGGGCUAUGUACCUAAUGUCGGGGACCUCGAGGCUUUAAUUAAGGACAACACAAAGAUGGUUGUUAUCAAUAAUCCUAAUAAUCCGACAGGAGCAACGAUACCCGUAGAAGUUCUAGAGAAGAUAGUUAGUGUUGCUAAAAAGAACGACAUCAUCCUAUUCUCAGAUGAAGUUUAUCAACCCCUCUUCCACGGUGUCGAGCAGGACAGUAUCCCACCAUCAAUCCUCGCACUGAACUAUCCCAAGACUGUGGUGACUGGUUCCAUGUCCAAAGCCUGGGCCUUGGCAGGUUUACGGCUUGGAUGGGCUGCGUCACGAGAUGCAUCCAUCAUCGACGCCAUCGCAUCCGCCCGUGACUACACCACCAUCAGCGUAUCUGGGCUUGACGACCAAGUAGCGCGGUACGCGCUAAGCGCCUCCGUGCGGCCACAGCUCUUAGCACGGAACAUUUCCUUGGCUAAGAAGAAUCUGGAUUUGCUGGCGCGGUUUGUGGAGGACCACCCGACGGUAUGUACUUGGGUCAGACCUAAUGCAGGAACCACGGCUUUCCUAGGAUUUAAAGAUAAGAAUGGGGCGCCGGUUGACGACGAGGCGUUUUGUAAGGACGUUCUAAGCAAGACUAAGGUCUUUUUCGUACCGGGCUCGCGCUGUUUCGGGAACGGCGAAACGUCUUCCUUCAAUGGAUUUGUCCGUAUUGGAUACGUUUGCGAGACAGAAGUACUCCGGCAGGCAUUGGAGGAACUAAGUGGAUAUAUAGCCGACCAUCUCGUAUGAAAGACGAUAUAUACCUACCUCGGGCAGGCGAUUCGAGAGCAGAUUUGAAAUCAAUGCUAGUUAGUGUGCGAUUUACUACCUAGGUAGGUGCAUCA